AUGGUGGACAGAGUGGGGAGUGGAUGGAAGGGAUGGUGGGGAUGGUGUGGAUCUGGGGAUAGUGUGGAUGGUGGGGAUGGUGGGAUGGUGUGGAAGGGGACGGUAAGACAGGUGUGGGUGGUGGAGAUGGUGUUGAUGGUGCGGGAUGGUAGGAAUGUUGGGACGGUAUGGAUGGUGGGGAUGGUGGAGGUGGAGAAGAAUGAUGAGGAUGGAGUGUAUGGUGAGGAUGGUGAGGAUGGUGUGGAUGGUGAAGAUGGUGGGGAUGGUGGGAUGGUGUGGAAGGGGAUAGUGGGAGAGGUGCAAACGAUUGGUGUAAGUGAUUAUGGUAGAGGUUGUGGCGCUGUUGUUAGUGACGGGUAUGGUGGUAAUGGUGCUCCUAGAAAACGUCUGCUUGUCGACGUCUUCUUUACCAUCAACAUCGUCGUCUCCAUCGUCGUCGUCGUCGCAUCGAACUUUUAUUAUGAACAGGUUUCCGUCAAUCGCUAUCGGACGUGGUCGCUCCUCGGUGUUGAUGUCAACGCCACGCAUGCACACAGAACGAGACAAUGUACCAGAGAGGUGAGAAAGAAUCAAUUAAGUGCCGAAGAAAAUUCCUCGAAAGAAACGGAAAUGAUGUGCCAUGCAACCACCUAA